UUUCUGUAAUUUAAAGGCACCCGGGAUUUUUGUUUCGCGUUUUUUGCUCUGACCCGUGCUGACCCCUCCGGGCCUCCGUACAGACACUGAGCGCGUGAGGGGGCGGAGGCGACAUGGCGGCCAAGGUGGUGAAGUUGGCAGCGGUACCGGCUGCUUUGGGUUUGGCCUCGUUCCGAGUUUAUGCCGUGACCGAGGAAAAGACGCAGGAGCAGAUUUCACCACGAGAGUUGUGUAUCUACAGCGCAGAGCCUCCAGCACUGCGCUGUGCAGAGGAGAAACCGGGACACCUGCAGACAGGCUUCGGGCUGAUGAGGGCGGGACUUCAGCCUUACGUCAGAGCCGUGCAGAACGCUUGCACCUCAAUCAAAGUCAGCACCAUUUCUUUAUACCGAGCGGGACAAGACACGUAUCAUUUCCUGAGGGACCCGCCCCCUGGCUUCCUGCCCAGAGUUGGCGUAAUCACUGUGUCCGGAUUGGCUGGCCUCAUCCUGGCACGCAAGGGCUCUCGACUCAGGAGAAUAGCCGUUCCUCUGGCGCUGAUAACGGUUGGCACGGCUGUGUGCUACCCCACGUAUACUGUUGGAGUUGCGAAGGUGACAGGAAAAAGAGUGUACGCUGCCGGUUCUUCGGUUGCCUCCGCACUCAAAUCCAAACCCAAAGAGGAAGGCAUUGUUCCUGACACAAGCCUGAAGCAUGCAGCAGAAGUUGCCCCUGUGCCAGAGGUUUCCCCAACUGUAGAUGCUGUCACAGAAAUUACCCCUGCUUCUCCAGCUGUGGAUCUUGCCCAGGCAGAGGUUGUUCCUCUUACCACUGUGCCUGACUUGGCACCAAAGGAAGUUAUUCCAUCAGAUGUUGUCUUGGGUGUAGAGAUUCCACCUGUACACACAGGUGUAGAACUUGCCCCACAAGAAGAGACAACUACCCCUGUCUCUGGGGAUGUUGCCCUUGAAGCAGUUACAUAUGUGUCUGAGGCCGUUCCAACAGAGAAAACACCUGUUGCAGAGUCUAGUUCUGUGUCUGAGGAUUCACCAGCUGCAGAGGAAGCUGUACCCCCCACCGCUCCAGAGAUCACAAACGGACCUCCAAUCAAAGAGAAGCCGCAGUUUGUUCCUGACCCGUCAUUGUUGGAUCACGGACAGGCUCAUCCCGAAGAUGCCGACUUGUACAGCACCCGGGGAUAAACGGAAAACCAAGUGAACCAGCGAAUGAGUAUGAGAAUGGAUUGGGUGUGGAGGGCAAGGAGGAAGGAUUAUGGGUUUAUGGUUUAAGACGUACCACAAGUAUUCUUGCCAUCGUCUUUUAACCUCAAAAAGACACAACGUGAAUCCAGAGUUGUCCGCUUGUAAGACAGCACAGUCGACUCGGCAACACUUUCUUUGAUGCCAAAUAAUUAAGAUACCUCGUUUAAACAAAAUAAGAACGUAAUAGAAGAUCGGAAAACCUGUCCGAUGUGAAUCUUUUAAAAGUAUGCAUUUCAAACAGUUGCAUCUUUAUACACACACACACACACACACUUCUCCGACCUCGUCCACAUCGAGUAGAAAUCGAGCCAUUGCUGUUUAAUAGUGUGAAUACCUCAUAUUUAAAAAAAAAAAAAAAAAAAAAAAAAACGGGCAACAAAACUGACCUCGGUACCUUUUUUGAUUCCCCAAACAGAAUGUGAAGAUUACUCUUUGGAACUGAACCGUUUCGGGGCGAUGUUUUUCGCUUCACUUUGUCGGUUGAAGGGCAGUAAGAUGUCUGCCGUAUGAACUCUGAACCAUUACCCCCACCCCGCCCGAAUCAGCAGAUUUUGCAUAUCGAGGUGAUUUUGUUGUCAGUUAAGAAAUGAAUGAAUGAAUAAAUAAAUAAAUUUGUUAAAAAUG